AUAGUAAAGGAUCUCUCGUAUUUUUAUUUUAUUUUCUAUUCAACAUUGUUUUAAAUCCCCGAUGGCUGAAGCCCGGCGUGAAGAAGAGGAAGAGGGGGAGUGCAGAGAUCUGCGGGACGUCCGGAGCAGAAGCCAGGCAACAGAUCAUCCUGAAAGAACCAAGCCAGAACAUUUACAUUCAAGCCAAGGGACUCUGUCUUCAAUACGAGCUGCUAUCAAACGAACAAGAGCAAACUCUCAGAACGACCUCACCAGAGAGAGAAGGCGACCAGAGAUCACCAUCAUCUCUGCAGAACCUCUGGCCAGUAACUGGUAUUCAGGAACGUCUGGGCUUUUCCCUCGUCCUCCUCAGUCAGGCUGGUCUGCAGGUAUCCAGGCUGUUUCCCAGCCCCCACCAUCCUAUGACCAGGUGAUUCAAGAGAAGACACAGGAAGAACACAUUUUCAAACCCACUGCAGCCCCCCGCCGGACCACCUGCACCUCCACAAGUGCCACUCAGACUGACCCUGUGAGGGAAGACACCUCCACCUCUGUCCCACAAUGCAGUGCUGCUCCACAGUCAGCGGUGAAAAGACCUGCAGGUAAAAAGCCACAAAAGCCACCAAGGCCAUCACUGCCGAAACCAUUGGACGGAGAAUCAGUCACUGAAACUGUCGCACCCGCUGACGAGAAGGUUGGAACAAACGAUUCAGUAUCCACAAACACUGAGGACCGAAGCGAUUCCAAGUCGGAUGUAAAGCAACUCAACCAAGCAGAUUGCACUCACAGCUGCAGCAGAUCUGUUACUGUACACUGGGACAUCCUUUCUGCCACUGCUGAAACUACUCCCUCUUCUUCAGACUCAGAACACAGUCAACGCCCCGUUCCACUUCCUCGUACGAAAUCCCGAAAGCAGGCCGUCACAGAAGAGGUCAAAGUUCGGACUCUGGUCAAGCUCAGUGAACAUUGUGACAACACUCCCUCCGAUGCAGAAGUGGUCUCCUCAAAUAAAUAUUUAAAAGAGUUAUUGGAGGUCUUUAGUGCAGAGUGUGAGGAGAACGGUGACAUCGUUAACCAAUCAGACGAGAUACAAGGUGAGGAUGCUGGUGGCGAGAUGAACCCCAACCACAGUCAACGCAAUAUCCAGGCCAGGAUCCAGGCCUUUGAGAGUGGCACCGAGGAGGGAAAUGGGGUUGAACCAGCCAAACCAGAACCGCUACGCAGGAGGGCGACCACCAAACCUCCAGUUGCUGCUAAACCUUAUACAGCUCUUAAACCUCAUUAUAGUGUAGAUAAUGACUAUCAACCCAUAUCAACCACUAACACCCCCCAAAUCCCUAUACCAGCCCCCAGACCUCAGCCCCCGAGCAAACCUGCGGAUCUAGCUGUAAGAGACGAACUAGCGUCUUUACUCAACAAGUCGCCCAUCCCGAACAGAUCACGUCCUUCUGUAUUAACCAGAGCAAACUCCAUCUUUGAAGAGGACACUCCACCAGUUCCCCCGACACCUCCAGCGAAGCCUUUUAAGGAAGCUCUGAAACCCAACCUUAAUAUAAACAACCACAACUCAUCCGCCUCCAUCACACAGAACGUGUAUGUAGACAGUCCGUCAAAUCACAUCCCAGUCAAGCCUCAAAGUAGUGUGGACAGCAAUGGAGGCUCUUUAAGCAGACAAAGUUUAACACGGAGACCAACCACCAUCAGAGUCCCCAGCAGACCUGGUUCAUUGUCAGAUAACUUUCAGGACAGUGCCCCUCCUCUCCCUGCUCAGAAGCCCGUCGGCACCCUAAACACCUCGGUGAGCCACAGACAAAGCCAGAUCCUCCACCACCAGGAGUCUUUCCAGUUUGGGCCAGAAACAUCACUACCACCUAGGCCGGGUUCAAGCAAACCCCGCCCACUUCGCCCACCUCCAGCCAAAACAGGCCCAGGAAGACCUCCCCCACCCAGCCUUCAGGCCACAGGUCGAUCCCAUUCAGCAUCAUGGGAAGCUUCACCAAAACCCCAGGCACAGAAGCCCCACAGGAAUGGACCGGUCUUACCUCCAAGGCCCAACCCAGGCCACAGUCUCUACAACAAAUACACUCUUGAUCUUUCUCAUGGGAUUGCUGACUUCAACUACAAUGGGAGUAAUACAGGAGAACUGUCAUUCCAGAAAAACGAAGUGCUUCUGCUGCUAGAAGAGAUUGACCACAAUACGUUUGAAUGCCAAGUUGGAGACACCAGAGGCAGAGUCCACAAGUCUAGCAUGAAGGUCAUAACUCCUCUUUCCUCCGUCUCACACAUGUCCACACCACAGGCUGCCCGUCCAACUGGAGCCGGGAAUGAGUUGAAGGCGCAGGCCAUACAUGACUUCAAUCCAGAGGGUCCAGGAGAGCUGGGUCUGAGAGCCGGAGAUGUUGUGACCAUGGUGGAGCAGGUGGACAGUGAGUGGUACAGAGGCACUUGUAGGGGAUCUUCUGGUUUCUUUCCUGCCAAUUAUGUCAAAAUCCUGUCAAAUUCACCAAAACCACUCCCUGUACGGAAAGAAAGGCCACCAUCUGCAACAGUCAGUGGUCCCAGAUGUGUGGCGAGGUUCGACUUUGACGGUGAGAGCAGCGACGAGCUGUCGUUCUCUGAGGGGGACGUGAUCCAGCUGAAGACGUACAUUGGACAGGAAUGGGCUCGGGGACAGAUCGGCAACUCGACUGGCGUCUUCCCUCUUAACUUUGUAGAGGUCAUUGAAGAUCUGCCUGCACCCUCAAGUCAGCAGAAGAGACAGUCCAUCGGGAUAGCACUGCCUGGCAUGGUUGCUUCUCCAAGUACGCACCCUGAAGUUGCCAAACCUGCUCAGGCGUCUCAGCCCGGUGUGGAGUGGGUGGUGGCUCUGUAUGACUUUCGUGGGAAUUCAAACGACGAACUGUCGUUUCAACAAGGCGACUGCAUCCUGAUCAGCCGGCAUGUUGACGCUGAGUGGAGCUGCGGCCGGCUCAACGGCAGAGAAGGAAUGUUUCCCAGGGCUUUUGUUGAGAGCAGCUCGGGCCAGCAGUCGUCUAAUAACAAGCAAAGUGUGGCAGCUGGUGGCGGUAAAGGCAGGGCUCUGUUCAACUUCACAUCAGACUGUGAUGAGGAGCUCUCUCUGAGGGUUGGGGAUAUUAUAUCUGGUCUGGAGACCGUUGACGACGAAUGGUUCAUGGGCGAUUUGAGAGGAAAACGGGCCCUGGUCCCUAGAAACUAUGUGCAAGUACUGGGCUAGUGCCAUGUGGCUCAGUACGGAAAAGGGACAGUUGGAUGACAUGAACUGAGGACAGAUGUUUGCAGCCCUGGAAGUCUCAACAGCCUUCAAAUGCAGUAUUUAAUCUCAAAGUAGCGCAACAGCCACCUUAAUUUACAUGCGUUUACUGAAUAAUUUAUCUUGAUAUAAAUAAAAAUGCCCAGCAAUUUAAUGAUUCA